UGGCCAGUUAUAUGGUCAUGAGGAUGGCGUGGUGGCUGGAAAUCGACGACCGGUGGUGGUGGUACGGUGGUGACGACGCCCAUCGCCUCACCGGCGGUCGUCCUCACCGGCGGGCGUCGGAGACGCAGCGCGCGGCGACGGAGGGUCGUAUUCUCUUCCUCAGCGUCAGGGCCGCCACAGCCAGCGCCGAGCACGGAGAUCUCGUCCUCGCCCCCCUCAACGCUGCGGCCGUGUCGACCAGCUCGCCGGCGGCCAGAUCUCUUGCAGUACAUCGCAUUACCUCCUACAGCAGCUGCAGCUCGACGGCUGCGCCGGUGGUGAGCGGCGGCGGCGCCAUCCUAUCCCCUCGAGGGAUUCUUCCGGCCAGGUGGAGCUAUGAGCCGCCGUUUUGUCCCCGUCGGCAGACGCAUCUUAGAGCAGAACAUCAAGGCUCGGUACCACGCCGGAGACAUUGGCACCCAGGACGCACUCCACCUGUUUGACGAAUUGCUCCAGGUUGUUGGGCGCUCCUCCAUCCAUGCCAUCAACUGCCUCCUCACCGUUGUCGGCCAUGAUUGCCCUGCGCUCGGCGUCUCCCUCUUCAACCGCGUCGCAAGGUCCAAGGUGGCGCCCUGCAGUAUCACCUAUGCCAUUCUGGUCGACUGCUGCUGCCGCGCUGGCCGCCAGGACCUUGGACACACUGCCAUGGGACACAUCAUCAAGAUGGGAUUUACUGCAGAUGCUAUGAUCACUUUCAGCCACCUACUAAAGGCCAUCUGUGCGGAGAAAAAGACCAGUUAUGCAAUGGACAUCGUACUCCGGAUAAUGCCUGAGUUUAACUGCAUACCAAACAUUUUCUCCUAUAACAUUCUUUUCAAGGGUCUCUGCAAUGAGAGGAGAAGCCAAGAGGCUCUUGAGCUGAUUAACAUUAUGGUUGAGGAUGAACGAGGUUGCUGCCGACCUGAUGUGGUGACCUAUAACACUGUAAUCGAUGGCUUGUUGAAAGAGGGUGAGGUAGGCAAGGCUUACAGCCUAUUUUGUGAAAUGCUAUGUCAGGGGGUAUUGCCGGAUGUUGUGACCUGUAGUUUGAUUAUCUCUGGCAUGUGCAAGCUUCAUGCAAUGGACAAGGCUGAGGAGGUUCUUCAACAGAUGCUUGAUAGAGGAAUUCUGCCAGAUGUUGCCACAUAUAAUAGUCUGAUACAUGGAUAUUAUUCAUUAGGACAGUGCGAAGAGGUGGAUCGGAUUUUCAAGGAGAUGACUACAAAUGGUGCUCAACCAGAUAUUGUAACUUACAAUAUACAGAUGGAUUAUCUUUGCAAGAAUGGAAGAUGCGCAGAAGCUAGGAAGAUUUUUUAUUCCAUGAUCAGUUUGGGCCAAAAACCUACUGUUACUACCUACAACAUUCUGCUUCAUGGGUAUGCUAUGGAAAGAUCUUUUCAUGAUAUGAAUUGUCUCAUUGAGUUGAUGGAUGACAAUGGUAUUUCACCAGAUCAUUAUGGCUACAACAUACUCAUAUCUGCAUAUGCUAAAGAAAAAAUGGUUGAUGAAGUAAUGCAUAUAUUUACAAAAAUGCGGCAGAAAGGAUUGAACCCUGAUGCAGUGAGCUACGGAACAGUAAUAGACUUACUUUCCAGGAUUGGUCGAAUGGAUGAUGCUAUGUCCCAGUUCGAUCAAAUGAUAACUGAAGGGUUAGCUCCUGAUAUCAUAGUUUUCAGCUCCCUUAUUAGUGGUUUCUGUUCUUGUGGCAAAUGGGAGAAGGUUCAUGAACUAUUUUCUGAGAUGUUGGAUCGCGGCAUCUGUCCUGACAGAGUGUUCUUCAACACUGUUAUGGAUCACCUUUGGAAAAAUGGAAGGGUUAUGGAAGCCCAACAUGUGUCCGACCUGAUGGUACACAUGGGUGUGAAGCCUUUUGUCCGUGAUUACAACACACUGAUACAUGGAUACUGUUUAGUUGGUAAGAUGGAUGAAGGGAGGAAGUUACUUGACAAUAUGUUCUCAAUUGGCUUGAAACCGGAUGAUUUCACCUAUAGCAUACUGAUUGAUGGUUACUCUAAGAAUGGCAGGAUAGAUGAUGCAUUGAUUAUUGUCAGGGAAAUGUUGGACGGGAAGGUUAAGCCUUCUAUUAUCACUUUUAAUAUUAUGAUUGGUGCGUUGCUUAAAGGUGGCAGAAAGGAAGAAGCCAAAGAUUUGUUUAAUGGUAUCUGGGCCAAAGGAUUAGUGCCUGACGUUGUUACAUAUAGCUUAAUGAUACAAAAACUAAUAGAAGAAGGUUCUCUACAAGAGUCUGAUGAUCUAUUCCUUUCUAUGGAGAAGAAUGGAUGUGCUGCUGACUCCCGGAUGCUAAAUGGUAUAGUCAGAAGCUUACUUCAGAAAGGGGAGAUGCCCAGGGCUGGGACUUAUCUGUCUAAAAUUGAUGAGAGGAGCUUCACCCUUGAAGCUUCCACGGCUAGCUUGUUGGCUGCAGUUGCGUCAGGGGGGAAAGGCCAGGAAUAUAAGGAGUUACUGCCUGAAAAAUAUCACUCUUUUCUGGAACAGGGCACUGAUUGAAACCUUUUCUAGAGAUUUUGCCUAGGUGAACUUUUCUUUUCUAGAGCAGGGCCGUGAUUGAAACGUCAUAUUUUACAAGAGUAUUCAUUGAAGUCCCUGGGUAAGUUAUAGACUUUAUUUAUUCCAUUAAAUGAAUAAAGUUCAUAAAAAUUUCUUUUUUUUAUAUAGAGAGUACUUGAAAGAUAUAUAAACAAGGCUGGCUCUUUUUAAUGAAUAAGAAUAUUUUGCA